CCCAUAGUGUUGUGCUGUGCUAUUGCAAAAGAUUUUCAUAACUGCUCAGAUCAGACUAUUCAUUUUGGGGUUUUCGCGGUUCUUCUAACUCCCCCGGCAGGAGUUUGCAAGGAAGUAGGUGGAAGAUAUCCACUCAUCACGUGCGUUUGUUGCCUUUUCAAUCGUAUCGCUGCCCGUCGGCAGCAUAAACGCUCAUAAUCAUAACACUACGGCCGAGGGGGGGGGUUUCUUUUUUUUUUUGGCUGUCCGAAACCUAGACACCGAUCGACAAGAUGUUGACGGCAGAAGAAGUGAGAAGAAAGACAACAAAACAUAAACCAAGGGCCAAAAUCUACUUCACCAGACAGAUAUGUUCGUGAUAAAUCAUCAAAACGCGACCAACGGGCGCGCUCGGUAAUCGUUGGUGAUAUAUACCGCUGGGGCUUUUGCUUUCCUACGAACCGCCUAGCAAAUGAACGCGAACGCUUUUCACAUGUGCAAACGGGGCGAGAGAAAUUGAUGCGAAGCGCCGUUACCCACCGGGAGGGAAAUAAAGAUAAAUAAAAUAAUACUACGAAUUAUAAAUAGGUAGGUGGAGCUGUUCUAUGCGCUUUUGUGGGGCUAUUUCCUUUCCACCUUGUCAAAAUUGUCGUUGUUUUUUUUGUUCUUGCUUUCCUAGCCGAUAGUUCAAUUCAAACCAUGAAGAAUAUAUGCUUUAUCAAGCCGCCAGCAUAACGCAUAUGAAGACUGUGGCAAAUUGGCGGUAUUGAUUGAGCGACCCAUAAAACAAGGGAGGAAAUAAAAUAGGAGAAAAUGAAGGUUUUGUUGCCAAUUUGCCAAUUUUCUAAUCAACCGAACGAAAGGCCACAUCAAAGAGUUGGAAGGUAAGUAAAGGAUCUUUCUUUGUGGCCCAAGAACGGUUGCAGUUAAUUUUAAAAUGUUCGUUUUUUUGUAACGUGUUACUGUUAAGAUUAAAUAAAUUCUCUACCCAAAAACCAUGUGCAAUAUUUCACAACUCAGCCCCGGUCAUGGCGAUUUGUUACCUUACCUUAGAUGGGAUAAAUUAUUUCAAUCAAGCUGCGAAACAUUAAUCGAAACAUGUGCAAAAUGCAUCAAAGCAAAAGGAACAAGAAAAAGAAAAAAACUUACCCACAAAAACACAUUAGCGGAAGUCUUGGUACAUAAAUUUGCAAUCGAUAUACUAUUCCAUCAAACGACACAGCAGCUUGAGGCAAUAAAAGGCACACUUUAUGUGCGCAAUCUUUGUGCCGGAACAAUACCGUGGAUGAUUAAACAUUUAUCGUACAAACAUUUGGCCGAAUGUUGCGUUGGGUUUGAAGAAUGUACUUUAUUUAUGAUCCUGGUUUUCCGUGAUGGUAGUAGGCCAUGAUAUCGUAUUGUUUUUCCGCAAAGGGAAGAUAACUGGUUAGUAGGUAAUACGCUAAUGGUGCCGGGAUAGGGUGUGACGUUUUGUUUUGCCGAAAGCUCAAACCAAUCCACGAAGAUCCUGGUGUACGUCGAAGAGGAAAACAACAACCAACGUUCACGGUUUUUAUCUGUUGGGUUUUUUUUAGGGUUGAAGGAUUUACAUUCGAACACAAUGAUGAAGAUAGUGAUUUUGAUGAUGCACAUUAUUGGCAUCACUUUGGCACAGUAUCAGUGGACCAUUUUCGAGCAGGAGCAUGUGAAUCUUUGCCAAGACAGUUACAGCUGUGGUGGACGUGUGCAUACGAUGUGUUACAAGCCAAACGAAACACAUCCAAGAUGUGAAAAGUUUGCACCAAUCCGUCUGGGACAGGAUAGCAUCAAGAGCUUCAUGAUGGGACACAAUGGAUUGAGGAAUAAGGUCGCAACGGAUCCUCGACAACCUGCUACGAAUAUGCAAUUUCUGGUAGGAACGGAAUGGAAGGAUCAGGAUUGCUUUAUGUUAUUGACAACCUUCCACACGCUUUUCCAGCACUGGGACAAGGACCUUCAAUCCAUGGCGGAACGUUGGGUGCGUCAGUGCAUCAUCGGCUAUGAUGAGUGUGAUUUCAUCGGUAACCCCUCCUAUCCGGUCGGGCAGAAUGUUUUCUUUCAUCCCAAACCGAUACUGAGGCACUGGGAAGCGCUCGCCCUGAGCACGUGGUUUAACGAAAAGGACAAGCUGGGCAACAACCUGUCCAUCGGUAGCCUGCCGUCUGUCGGGGUGUCAAACUACACGCAACUCAUCUGGGCCCGGACUCAGUUUGUGGGUUGUGGUGCCGCGAACAUGUACGGUGGACAUCUGAUCGUCUGCUACUACCAUCCCAAGGGCAACAUAAUCGGACAGCCCAUAUACACGGUUGGUCGUAGUGCGUGCACCGGCUGCCCACAGGAGCGUGCAUCCUGUUCGCAUGUGUUUCGUGGUCUCUGUGGAAUUGAUGAUAAACAUUCCGCUGGACAGAGAACAACACUUUCAGUGAGGAUGACGAUGUUGGUACUAAUAACGUUCGUGAAUAAUUUUGCAUUGAAACCCAACUUAAUUUUGCAUUGGUAAGUGUAUGGAGAGUAGAAUGGAUAUUACAGAAGCUCAACUCAAUAACGCUGGAGACCAAACCAAACAAAGUCAAACCUCAAACCCCAACACACUCACACGAGCGCACGCGAAUAAAAAGGGGAAC